AUGAAGUCUUUUAGUGUCGCCUUGCUGGUUUCGGCGUUGGCGAACGCCAUUGAGCUGCCUCGAGCUGAAGCAGAGGGCUUUACGCUUGAACAAUACGAAAGCGGCUUCGUUCACGAAACGCUCAUGGGCGCCAAGAUGUCCUCAUUUGCGCGACAACGUGCUGCUGGCGAAUAUGCUUCCGAAAAGUACCCAGCUCUGACAGCACCAGCCAAAUGUGAGAACGGCCUUGCGAUUGUUGAGCAUGGCAAUCCCAACCAAACAUUCAAGUGCAACAAUAUUGAUCUCCUCGACUUCCAAAGCCAUGCAGAUCUUGGCAGCUUUAUUGGCGAAGGCUCUUCCUCCUGGGGUUGGGUCUCCGAUGAUGGACGGGAAUUUGUCGCUAUCGGCCAGGGAGAUGGGACAGCAUUUGCUGAAGUCUCUCCGGAGGGCAAACUCAUCUACCUCGGCCGCCUCCCUCAACAAUCCAUCUUCUCCCAGUGGCGAGAGAUCCGGUCUCAUAAGAACUAUGUCAUCAUUGGCAGCGAGGCUGUGGGACAUGGUGUACAAAUAUUUGAUUGGACAAAGCUGCUGACCAUCGACCCUGCUGCCCCGGUCAACUUCAGUACCAGCGCCGAUAUCACCGGAUUAUUUACCGAUCUGCCCGUUGGGCGGACCCACAACGUCGUGCAAGGGCCAGAGGGCGCCGAUUGGGUCGCCGUGGUUGGCGCUCAACCAAGGAACAGCACGUGUCGGGCGGGUCUAAUCUUCGUCGACACCACGGAUCCAGCCAACCCCUGGUCCCCCGGGUGCGCUGGCCAGGACGGAUACGUGCAUGAUGCCCAAUGUGUCAUCUACCACGGGCCCGACGAGAAGUACGAGGGCAAGGAAAUCUGCUACGGCUACAACGAAGACACCCUGACCAUCUACGACGUCACGGACAAAUGGGGCGUCAACUCCACCACCAUCAUCUCCAAGACGUCCUACGUCGGCGCCCGCUACACCCACCAGGGCUGGGUCCUCGACCUAAACUGGCAGACCCACCUCCUCAUCGACGACGAGCUCGACGAGGAGUACUACACCGGUCCCGCCGCGGACCGAUUCCCCGUGACCUACAUCUUCGACAUCACGAGCCUGGAGGACCCGAAGCAAACCGGCAUCUACAAAUCAAAGGCCUACUCCAUCGACCACAACCAAUACGUCUUCGACGGCCUCAGCUACCAGAGCAACUACGGCGCGGGCCUCCGCGUCCUCGACGUGAGUUCCAUCCCGUCGGACCCGACCGGCGGUGGCGUCGCGGAGGUCGCCUUCUUCGACAUCUACCCUGAAGACGACCACCUGCCCAACGGCGGAAUCAUCGACUACGUCGGCACCUGGAGCCACUACGCCGGCUUCCCCUCCGGCAACAUCCUGGUCAACACCAUCGAGCGCGGCGCCUUCAUCGUCAAGAUGAAGCAAUUCGAGAAGCGCGGCCGUGGUGCGCAUUUCAGGAAACCCAGGAACGUGUAG